ACACAAAAAUGGGUGCACAUGGACGGGCCUUGUUUCUUGCUUCCCCUUUCGGCAUAUUCUUGGUGGAAAGUCUAUCAUAGAUUCCCACCUUGCGUUCAUACUUUGUUCUUUGAUGGUGGUUAUGAAGAGAUGGAACCUUCUUCAUGUCCUCCUCCUUCACCUUGCACCUCUAUAAAUUCUCCUCAUUGUCGAAGAACUACAAGUGGUAACCUUCACAUCCGUUGCUUCUUCGGUGAAUCAAGACUGUGCAAACUGUGGAGAACGUGGUGAGAAACCAUGCAGGCCACACAGGCUAUGCAGUCUGUGCCACCCAAGGAAGAGAUCUCCCAUGAAACAGAGCCUUUCACUGGCAAUGUGAUACAAAAUGGAAGAGAGAUACUUCUACAGGCUUUCAAUUGGGAAUCUCAUAAAUAUGAUUGGUGGAAAAAUCUCGAAGAUAAAGUACCAGAUAUAGCUAAAUCUGGAUUUACAUCAGUUUGGCUUCCACCCCCAUCGCAUUGUGCUCUUGAACCAGAAGGCUAUCUUCCACAAAACCUCUAUUCUCUUAACUCUGCUUAUGGUUCAGAGCACCAAUUAAAAUCUUUGCUUCAGAAACUAUGUUCAUACAAAGUAAGAGCAAUGGCUGAUAUAGUUAUCAACCAUCGAGUUGGGACUCGUCAAGGGCAUGGAGGAAUGUACAAUCGCUUUGAUGGGAUUCCAUUGCCAUGGGACGAACAUGCUGUCACAUCGUGUUCGGGUGGAUCAGGAAAUAAAAGCACCGGUGAGAACUUUGAAGGAUUUCCGAACAUUGAUCAUACACAAAAUCAUGUGAGGAGAGAUAUAAUUGGAUGGUUGACAUGGCUGAGAAAUACCAUUGGAUUCCAGGAUUUCCGAUUUGAUUUUGCAAAAGGUUAUGAUGCAAAGUAUGUAAAAGAGUAUGUUGAAGAGUCGAAGCCUCUUUUUUCAAUAGGCGAAUAUUGGGUUGAUUGCAGUUAUAGUUCUGGCUUGGACCACAAUCAAGAUAACCAUAGGCAGGGGAUUAUUAACUGGAUCGAUGGCACAGGAGGUCUUUGUGCUGCUUUUGAUUUCACAACCAAGGGUAUACUUCAGGAAGCAAUUACAGGUCAGUUUUGGCGUUUGCGUGACUCUGAUGGAAAGCCACCUGGUGUGAUGGGGUGGUGGCCUUCGAGAGCAGUUACCUUUAUUGAGAACCAUGACACUGGUUCGACACAGCAGCGUUGGCCAUUCCCUUCCAGCCAUGUGAUGCAGGGAUAUGCGUAUAUACUUACCCAUCCAGGAUUACCCAUGGUGUUCUAUGAUCAUUUUUAUGAUUGGGGUCAGUCUAUGCAUGACCAAAUUUUGAAAUUGAUGGAAAUUCGAAAACUAUUGGAUAUUCACAGUGAAUCAUCAAUAAGAAUUCUUGAAGCAAAAUCAAACCUUUACGCUGCAAUCAUCGGGGAGAAACUAUGCAUGAAGAUAGGAGAUGAAGCAUGGUGUCCGGAUGGUGAGGAGUGGAUACUUGCGACAAGCGGGCACAGUUAUGCCAUCUGGAACAAGUAAAAUUUCAAUAAUUUGGUCUCGUUUUCACUUGUUGAAUUUGAAAGAAUAAAGUCAACGCCUCCACUCAUAAAUUAUUAUGUUUGUCUUGAUUAAUUUUUGUGUAAGAUCAAAUUAUGCUAAUAAUAAAUAAACCAUGACAUGCCAUGAGAAAGAGAUGUUUGUAUUGAUUUCCUUAUGGCAGUAAAUUAGUCUGGAAGAGAAUAUGUGAAUUGAUGCAAGACGAAAUCUUCAAACCA